AAGCCGAUACAGCCAGUGACCAGCUGGCAGGAUGGGGACUGUGGCAGGGUCUCCUGCACCCAAUGUGUCUUGCCAUGUUUUGGGACUCACCACUGCAGGCUGAGGUCAUCAGAAAGAGAUCGAAAGUGUACAGAGGGGUAACCUGAAAAAGGCAGAGCUCUUCGCUACUGUAGAUGGGGCGCUGGAUAUGUUGCCCUUGCUCCAGAGUUGCAGGUUCAUUGAUGCUGCUCCUCGUUUUAGCUCUGAGCUGUAAUCCUUCCACAGCAGCAACAGCUUCUCCGUCUGCAACCCACAUCAAACCCAGCUACAGUUUUGGCCGGACUUUCCUGGGACUUGACAAAUGCAACGCCUGCAUUGGGACAUCCAUUUGCAAGAAAUUCUUUAAAGAAGAAAUAAGGUUUGACACCUGGCUUUCUUCUCAUUUAAAGCUGCCCCCCAGCUACCUGCUCAGCUAUUCGGGCAACUACACCGAUGAUGCCAAGAGCUGGCGGCUCGUCGAUAUCACCCGGCUGACCUCCAAGUACCGACACGACCGGGCUGACAAGCGCAUCUGCACCUCCCUGCUGAAGACCAGGACCUGCAGCCUGGAACGCGCCCUGCGCCGCACACACCGCUUCCAGAAGUGGCUGAGGGCCAAGCGCCUCACCCCCGACCUGGUCCAGGGCCUGUCUAGCCCCAUGCUGCGCUGCCCAUCCCAGCGGCUCCUGGACAGGAUAGUGCGGCGCUACGCUGAGGUGCCAGACGCUGGCAGCAUCUACAUGGACCACCUCACCGAUCGGGACAAACUGCGCCUGUUGUACACCCUGUCAGUAAAUUCACACCCCAUCUUGUUACAGAUCUUCCCCGACGUGGAGGGAUGGCCCUUCCCGCGGUACCUGGGCUCCUGCGGGCGGCUGGUGGUCAGCGCCAGCACCCGGCCCCUGCGCGACUUCUUUGGCUCUGCUCCUGAGGUAGCCGCCGACCUGGCCCUCCAGCUCCUCGCCGUCCUCCGCUCCAUGGGCACCAACGACCUCAACUAUUUCUUCUACUUCACCCACGUGGAUGGUGGCACCUUUGGCGUCUUCAGCAACGGGCACCUGUUUAUCCGGGAUGCUAGCACACUGGGGAUUAUCGACAAGGAGGAAGGGAGCCAGCUGAUUGACGACCAGCAGGAAUACAAAGAUAUAUUUAGCUGUUUGACUGUGGACUGUCAGUCUGCCUUUGUGUCCUGUGACUCCAUCGGAGAGAAGCACAGCCUUGUCAUGGUGUGUCAGGAGCUUUUGCCUAAGCUGCUGAAAGGGAAAUUCCUGCAACCUGUGCAGGGUCAGAUAGACAGCUUCCUGCAGCGCUGCGCUGAUGGCUUCACUGAUGACCAGGGUGUCAACGAGGCGGUUGCAAAGCUCACAGAGCUCCUGAAGCCUCUUCGGUCUUGUGAUUCCCGUUUUGCCUACCGCUACCCUGACUGCAAAUACAGUGACAAAUACUGAUGGCUUUGGAGGAGGGGAUCCCCUGGGAAGGACGGGGAUCAUGUCAGUCCCCUGCCAGUGUGGGAAGCAAGAAGGAACCAGGGUAGCUGGGAAGAGGUGCACCAAAUCUGAGGCUUCCCCACAGGCAGAGGAGAAGGGAGCAGAGCACACAUGGGAUUUAUUGUUUGUCUCCCAGAGAUGCAUUUGUCACAAGGAAUGUCAGACAUGAUGUAAGAUUUAUGGAUUAUUAGCAUUAUCGUGAGUGACAGGGGCUACAGGAUUAAUAAAUCUUACUCACAUA